AUGCCGGUUCCACAGAAGAUGGAAUUCUUUCAGGUGAAACCAGGUCUUUCAUCAUUCGCUCAGAACCCACGGAAAGCCGGCGAUAGCGUUAGCGAGUUGCUGGCUGCAGCACAGUCAGCUGUACCAAAAGCCUAUUGGCAUCAAACACCGAUCACCUUGCGAGCAACUGCCGGGCUUCGUUUGUUACCAGAUGAUCAAGCCUACCGAAUUUUGAGUCAUGUUGAAGAUGAGGUGCUGAAAAGUGGUUUUGUAUUGGAUGAGAAUGGCGUCGGCAUUAUGAGUGGCACUGACGAGGGUGUCUUCUCGUGGUACACACUCAAUCUCCUCACCGAUCGUAUUCAAGAUGUCAUCGCACAAAAUCAAAACGGUAAUCAUUCUCACCAAAAUCAAUUCGACAAGUUGAUUUUUACUCGAUACAGAGUGAAUCAGUCAAAUGAUAAGCGAACAAGUGCAACGUUCGAUUUAGGCGGUGGAUCAACUCAAGUUACUUUUGAAAGAGCUGAUGCAGCAGAUCGAGUGUUCGACAACACCAACAGGUCCAACUUCUCACAACAACUCAACGUAUUCGGUAAUCGCGUCCAGCUCUACACACGCAGCUACUUGGGUAAUGGUCUGGUGGCUGCUCGCAUUGGCAUUGUCAAAAAUGCAAACGAAUCUGGCCAACUGAAAUCCCCUCAGAGCAAAUGUCUCCCAGCUGGUUUCACGGCGAGCAUGUACGACUAUACGGGUGAAGCGUGGAAUGUGACUGGUGCUUCCUCAGAAUCCUCCUUUGAUGAAUGCCUGCAGUCGUCAAUCGCGUACGUCAACCAAUCCCAAAUCCAGCGACUGGACGAGAUAAACGACUGCGAUAUUUAUGCGUUCUCUUACUUCUAUGACCGUGCAUUGGAAGCAAAUAUCAUUUCGUAUCCAAAUGAUAUCCGCAAACGUCAUAAAACAACACUGAACGUUUUCAAGCAUGCUGCAAUGAAAGCGCCUUGUAGGCAUUCAAAUGCAACUAAUGCUCUUGCAGCAUGCUCCCGUUCACCAGCCGAGAUUGGUUUCGAAGAGUGGCAAGCGUGGCAGUGUCUUGACUUAUCAUAUAUUUAUGCGCUUCUCCGGCAUGGUUACGGAAUAAACGAACAUAAAGAGUUACAUUUGGUGAAGCGUUUACGAGGCAUGGAGAUGUCGUGGGCAUUAGGUGCUGCACAUGAUCUGCUGCAACGAUACACCGAAAGGGAAUUCACCUCAAGAAUACAACUCUCAAAUCGCAUGAAACCAAUUAUAACUGAAGAAUUGGAUCAACGAACAAUAACGGAUGUUUUGAUUGAAUUUAUUUCGAAACAUUCAUUCCAAAUCCUCACACAGUUCAGUCUCCUUUCAUAG